CGGAGUGGGCGCCGCACCGUGCGCAGAGCCCCGAAACCAGAGGCCCGCCGCUGCCAGCGCCGCCCCGACGGCCUCCCUGCGACGCUGCCGCUGCCACCGGGCACCCAAGGCCACCAUGAAGAAGGAGGUGUGCUCAGUGGCCUUCUUCAAGGCCGUGUUUGCGGAGUUCCUGGCCACCCUCAUCUUCGUCUUCUUUGGCCUGGGCUCGGCACUCAAGUGGCCCUCAGCGCUGCCCUCCAUUCUGCAGAUCUCCAUCGCUUUUGGCCUGGCCAUAGGUACCCUGGCUCAAGCUCUGGGGCCUGUGAGCGGUGGCCACAUCAAUCCGGCCAUUACUCUGGCCCUCUUAGUAGGCAACCAAAUCUCGCUGCUUCGUGCUAUCUUCUACGUGGCAGCCCAGCUGGUGGGCGCCAUUGCUGGGGCAGGCAUCCUCUACUGGUUGGCGCCAAUCAAUGCGCGGGGCAACCUGGCCGUCAAUGCGCUCAGCAACAGCACAACGCCUGGCAAGGCCACAGUGGUGGAGCUGAUCUUGACCUUCCAGCUGGCUCUCUGCAUCUUCUCCUCCACUGACUCCCGCCGUACCAGCCCAGUGGGCUCCCCAGCUUUGUCCAUCGGCCUGUCUGUCACACUGGGCCACCUUGUGGGGAUCUACUUCACCGGCUGUUCCAUGAACCCAGCCCGUUCCUUCGGUCCAGCGGUGGUCAUGGAUCGGUUCAGCCCCUCCCACUGGGUCUUCUGGGUGGGGCCGAUUGUGGGCGCCAUCCUGGCUGCCAUCCUCUAUUUCUACCUGCUCUUCCCCUCCUCCCUGAGCCUCAGUGAUCGCGUGGCCGUCGUCAAAGGCACAUACGAGCCGGACGAGGACUGGGAAGACCAUCGGGAAGAGCGGAAAAAGACCAUAGAGCUGACGGCACACUGACCAGCACAGGCAGGGGCCAGUCCCUCAUCCCUGAACUGCUGGCAAAGAAGAAAACUAGACCUCGAAGCAUCCUUCCCACCGCCCUCUUGGUGGGGAAGAAGCACUGGAUCCACGCUGACGAUAGAGAUGGAAACAGAAGCCCACAGCGGGACACUCGGGUGGGGCCAGGGGCUGGAGUCUGACAGGGACAGGGUCUCUUCAGAAUGAAUGCCACGGGGCAGACCUCAGACACUGUGACUGCAGUGCCAAGCUCACAGACUGCCUAGGACCACAACAGAAAGGGGUGGUAGCAGCCUGCUAUGUCACCCAGCCCAACCUCUCAAGUGCCAAAGCCAGCCCCCAUGUGGGCAGAGGGGACAUCCCCCAGAACCCCUCAGCAGAGGAACAGAUGGUUCAUUGAAUGCCAUCCUAUUUAUUUUUGGUCAAGGAUGGGGGGGUGCUGGUUUUGGGGUUGGGCACUUCCCAGUAAAACCAUCAAUCUU